UGUGGUCGGACUGAAUCGUGCAAUCGUGAAACAGAGAAAGAAAAAUGUCGAUUUGUUGGAAUAAAAUUUAUUUUUAGGCUCAAGCUCACUAAGCGUAAAAAUACUGUCAUAUUGUGUUUAUUAUUUCAUUUAUAAGGAAAUAGACAUCCUAGAAUUAGUUCUGUGUUUAAAGUGUUUAAUAUCGUAUCCCAGGAAGACGUCAGACAGAACCCUGUGGUUUUGAAAUAGUUAUCGAUUUGUUUCUGUUGGAUGAGAUGACAAAACCAUGUCAAGUAUGUUUUACUAGAUAAUCUAGAAACACGUAAUAGAUUACUAUCGUUGACUUAUAAGUUAAAAUCAGCAUUUACGGAAUGAAUCUCGAUAAUUCGUCGAGAGAAAAUUCGGAAGCAUUGGAUACAGUCGGCACCGUUAGCCCCAGAGAAAAGUAUCACAGUAUGAGAGAAAAGAAAUUAUCUACUGCAUCAUUAACUAACACUGAAGGUGCACGCCCUAAAGUUGUGACGGUCAAACAUCCUGAGUCUAAUAAGCCUAAACCUACCGCCAAAAAAAACAAGCCAAUUCAAGCGGAUUUAGAUGUCAUCAAAGAGUUCAUGCGAUGCAGGGACGAAGGUGUCAAGCGAUUAGAUCUCAGUAAGUCGUCUAUAACAUCACUGCCUCCAAACGUUAGAGACCUGACUCAUUUAGUGGAGUUUUAUCUGUACGGCAACAAAUUAGUUGCACUUCCUGCAGAGUUUGGCUGUCUGACAAACCUACAGACAUUAGCAUUGAAUGAGAAUUCAUUAACCAGCUUACCUGACUCACUUGCUAACUUGAAAUGCCUUAAAGUCCUGGAUCUGAGACACAAUAAGCUCAAUGAUAUUCCAGAAGUGGUAUACAGGCUCACAUCUUUGACAACACUGUUUUUACGCUUCAAUAGGAUCAGAGUUGUGGGUGAUGGUAUUGCCAAUUUGACUAAUUUAACAAUGCUUAGCUUAAGAGAAAAUAAAAUAAAGGAAUUGUCUUCAGGGAUUGGCAAUUUGGUAAAUCUUGUAACAUUUGAUGUUUCUCAUAAUCAUUUGGAACAUUUACCUCAAGAAAUUGGAAAUUGUGUUAAUUUAUCAACAUUAGAUUUGCAACACAAUGACUUGUUAGACAUCCCAGAGACUAUUGGAAAUCUCCAGGCUUUGACUCGUCUAGGUUUAAGAUACAACAGACUGACCAGCAUACCUCCAACAUUGAGUAAUUGUAAACAUAUGGACGAGUUUAAUGUGGAAGGGAACUCUAUAUCCCAACUUCCUGAAGGCCUUCUUGCUAGUUUGAAUGAGCUUUCUAGUAUUACAUUGUCUCGUAACUCCUUCAUGAGUUACCCAUCGGGAGGACCAGCUCAGUUUACUAAUGUAUUUUCUAUAAACCUGGAGCAUAAUCAGAUUGACAAAAUCCCAUAUGGAAUAUUUUCUAGGGCAAAGAAUCUAACCAAGUUGAAUAUGAAAGAGAACUUGCUUACAUCCUUACCACUUGAUAUUGGCACUUGGGCAAAUAUGGUUGAGCUCAACCUUGGUACUAAUCAACUAACAAAAUUGCCUGAUGAUAUUCAAUGUCUCCAAAAUUUAGAAAUACUGAUUCUUUCCAAUAACCUGCUAAAGAGAGUGCCCCCAAGCAUUGGCAGUUUGCGGAAGCUAAGAGUUUUGGAUUUAGAAGAGAAUAAAUUGGAAGUAUUACCAAAUGAGAUUGGAUUUCUGCAUGACCUGCAAAAGUUAAUUGUCCAAUCCAACCAGUUGACAUCUCUCCCUCGUUCCAUUGGCCACUUAACUAAUCUUACAGUAUUGAGUGUUGGGGAGAAUAAUCUGCAGUAUGUACCUGAAGAAAUUGGUACCCUUGAGAAUUUAGAAUCUUUGUAUUUGAAUGACAACCCAAACCUAAUGAAUCUUCCAUUCGAACUGGCUCUUUGUGUUAGUUUACAAAUUAUGAGUAUUGAGAAUUGUCCUUUGACUGCUAUUCCACCUGAGGUGGUGUCCUCUGGCCCAUCACUGGUGAUCCAAUACUUGAAGUCUCAGGGGCCAUACAGAGCUAUGUGAUAUCAGGAAGAUGAUUACUUACCAGGCAGUGAUGGCACUUAAACAGAAGGAGCAAGUGUCCAAGUUAUUUUCAAAAAUGUACCUAUACUUAUUAAUUCCCUAUCAUAAGGAAUUAAUAUUAUAUAUGUCUGUCUAAUAACACUAUUAUUUCAAAUUAAGACAUUUUUACAGCUUUCUUAAUUUUACUAUCCAUCAUGUUUGACACUUGUGUUAUUUAAAUACUACAUUUUAUUGUAUGUCCUAUUCAAUUUAAUAUGUUGUCGGUAGGUAUUAUAACUUCUUAUGCUACUAAAUGUUAUAUUCUUUUAGUAACUUGAUUCAUUUAUAAUAAUUGUGUAAUAAAAAAUAUAUAAAAAUACAAA